GUUAGCCGGUUCUAGUUUUGGAGGUGCGGCCAUCUUUGCGGCGGGAACUAGCGUUAGAAUUUUGUAGCGUGGGCUGGGCGGAGUCAGUGUUUUGAAAUUAGUUAUAGAGUUCUCUGUUAAAAGUCACUUGCCAACGGUCCUUAAUUUUCUGAAAUUUUAACUAAUAUACUCAUUCCUGAUCGCUUCUCUGAUGGCUGAUAGGGAAGAUAAUGUAUAUAAAGCCAAAUUGGCGGAACAAGCAGAGCGAUAUGACGAAAUGGUUGAAGCCAUGAAAAAGGUGGCUUCUUUGGACGUUGAAUUAACAGUAGAAGAAAGGAAUCUAUUAUCUGUGGCCUACAAAAAUGUUAUCGGAGCCAGAAGAGCAUCUUGGAGGAUUAUCAGCAGCAUUGAACAGAAAGAAGAAAAUAAAGGUGCUGAAGGAAAACUUGACAUGAUUCGUCAAUAUCGGAUACAGGUGGAAACUGAAUUGAAAGAAAUAUGUCAAGACAUACUUGAUGUGUUGGAUAAACAUCUUAUUCCCACUGCAUCUACAGGAGAAUCUAAAGUAUUCUAUUAUAAAAUGAAAGGUGACUAUCAUCGAUACUUGGCAGAAUUUGCAACCGGAAAUGACAGGAAGGAAGCCGCAGAAAACAGUUUAGUUGCUUAUAAGGCUGCCAGUGAUAUUGCGAUGACAGAAUUGCCCCCAACACAUCCAAUCAGGCUUGGUCUUGCCCUAAAUUUCUCAGUGUUUUAUUUUGAAAUUCUGAAUGCUCCUGACCGUGCAUGUCGCUUAGCGAAGGCUGCUUUUGAUGAUGCAAUUGCAGAGCUGGAUACGUUAAGUGAAGAAAGCUACAAAGACUCUACGCUAAUAAUGCAGCUCCUACGAGACAAUUUGACUCUCUGGACAUCAGAUAUGCAACUUGAUGGUGAAGGUGGUGAACAGAAAGAAGCAGCAGCUCAAGAAGUUGAAGAUCAGGAUGUUUCUUAAGAAUGACUGAUUUUUUUAUCGUCUCCAAUAACACUUGACAAGAACUUGUGAAAAGACUGUUUGUAUUGCAUUGGUUGCCCUGUAGAAAUUUCCUUUUGCUCAUCUUGUGAAUAUCCUGUUCAUUUUACUUAUAAUUGCUCCUUACUAGAAGCCUAGCUAUUAUCCAUUUUAUGAUUGCCUUUACACUUGAAAAUCUAUUAUAUAGCUCUCUGUGGUUUGGAGCCUGCAAAGGAAAACUUCUGCAAAUCACAUUUUUUAAUGUCUCAAGCAUUAUCACUAGAUCUUUUUAACAUAAAAUAACAAAAAAUUAAAAAUUAUGUUUUCACAGAUUUGCUCCAAACAUGUACCAGUUUGGUAACAGCAUGCGAGUAUUGUAUUCAAGUGUAGUUUAUAUAUGAAUCUCUAUAGAUUACUAUUUGAUUUUGUUCGAAGUGAUAGAUAAUUUUUUAAUAUCCUCGAGAUGAACAUAAAUAAAACAUAGAAUGCUACAUGUGCAUCUUAAGUUUUGGUAAAUAAAUUCAGCUUUUGGACCAAAACCAAUUUCAAUGCAUGCCGCAUUUUCCCUCCAUUCCAAAAAGGUAACACUAUUAUUAACUAUGAAUUUAUACAAAAAAAAAAGUCUUUCUUCCAAAAUUAGCUGGCAUUCCAUUUUUUCCCUGCUGUUUUUGAAUUGUGUCAUUCUUUGUAAGUUUUUUAAAUGUAGUCUUGUUAAGAACAUGAAAGGAUAAUGCAAUGAUGUGGUUUUCACACAGAUGGAUUAUAUUAUAGAUGUACCAAAUUAUUUCUUCUAUUAUUGUGAAGUGUUUUGAAUAUAUUUCUGGAUAUGACUGAGAAUGUACUUACUGAUACUCGGAGUUUCUACGUUGUCAUCAAGUUUUUAAAAUUGAUGAUUUCUUUUUCUCUCUAGAAGGGCAGUAAUUUGCAAUUUGGGGACUGAACACUUGUAAAUUAUGUUCCACUGCCAUCAUUGCAUCAUACUAUGCUUUGUGGUCAUAGUUCCAGCAUGUAAAAAUGUAUUUAUUUUUAAUCUGAGCUUUAUCUCUGUUUUUCUUUCAAACUUCUACUUUUCUAUGAAAUGCUAAUUUUUAUUAUGCCUUGCUUUACUAUGCCCCAUGUGCUCCUUUUAGACCUGUGUGGUCAUUUUAGGGCAAUUACAUUUGAUGGAUACCAUCAAUUUCUAUCAUUGAUGCACUGUAGUAUGUUUACGUAUGUGCUGUGUAUCUGUCUUAUUUAAAAACAAUAAUAAAAGCUGUUUCAGUAGUAAAGUUUUUUGUACAUUUGUGCAUUAUUUGAAUUUUAUCUUUAUAAAAAUAUUCUUAUUGGCUAUUUAAUUGCAAAUUGUUUUAAACAUUGUGACUGAUGUAAUGAAGAAAUAAACUGGAGACCCGAUGAAAAAUCUGUAUGAAUUUAUCUGUACUUAGUACACUAUCACUAAAAUACAGAAAAAUGUUGCUUGUGCAUAGUUGACUAUAUUAGCACAUUCAAGUUCUUUUAAAAGAAUUGAAAUUUGUUACCAACAAACAAAUAUCUUUUUCAGUAAUCUGUUUUAUUGCGCAAAAUGUAAAGAUUUGAAGAUUAAAAACUUCGUGAUGCA